AUGGCAGAUUUCGAAGGAGCCUAUCAACUCGUUCACUCACAAUUGCAAGCUCUUGAUAAGAAUUUGUUUUAUCAUAAUAUUGGACAUACAUUUGAAGAUGUUCUUCCGACUGCAAUCAUGUUGGCGAAAGAGGAAGGUCUGAAUGAAGACGACAUAUUGCUAGUAAAAACCGCAGCUCUAUUCCAUGACACUGGUUAUCUCGAUCAGUAUCCCAAGAAUGAACCUAAAGGUUGUGAAAGAGUUCGUCAAUACUUGCCUCAAUUUGGAUACUCGGAAGAUCAAAUUGAAAAAAUUUGUAAAUGCAUCAUGGCCACUAUGGUUCCUCAAAAUCCAGGUGACUGUCGCUUGUGUCAAAUUUUGUGUGAUGCAGAUUUGGGUCAUUUAGGAACGGAUCUUUAUUUCUUAAAAUCGGAAUGUCUCAGACUUGAAUUGGAAAGAGUUCACAAAAAGCCAAUCACACCUCGAGAUUGGCACAUUUCCAAUUUGGACUUUCUUCAAAAACAUCACUACUUUACCAAUGCUGCUAAGAAAAUCAUGCAACCUGUGAAGGAACAAAAUUACAAGCUCAAUGAAUGUUUGGUGUAUGGUCAUUCAAAUAAUAAUAAAUAA